ACUACAACAGCAACAUCUCCUCGUGCCUCACACUCACUUUUCGGCCUUUGUCGCCUCAUUCCCUCUUUUUCAGAGUUCCUAGUGAAUCUCGUUACGCUCUUUCAGCACCCCACGCUCACACGCCGCACUUGGUUAUCUGUCUGCUCUUGUACGCGACUCUCACAACCGCCCUCACAACACCACUUUGAAAAUCACCUCAAACGCCAAAAUGCUCUUCCGCACUGCUUCCGUCGCCGUUCUGGCGUGCGCCGCCCACGCGGCUGCAAAGCCCCAGCCCUACAAGCUCGCUGUCAUGGCCGUCCCCAACCUGAGCCUGUCCCGUCGCGAUACCUUUGGCUACCAGCCCGAGGAAAUUGUCUGCAACAAGGGCGGCGAGACCUGCGCCGAUGCCUGCGAUGUUGGCUACGUUCAGUGCCCAUCCAACGAUGCCACCGUCCACUGCUACAACCCGACUGUCGACCAGCUGUGCUGCACUGACGGCACCGGCAACUCCUGCGACAAGGGCUACUACUGCACCCACGACACCCAGCUUGAGACCUGGUGCUGCCCCGACUCCAUGGACCUCGAGGAGUGCGCCGCUGCGUACGGUGUUGACGGUGGUCUCGAGACUGCUACCGAGUCUACCUCCACCACCUCCACCACCACCACCUCGGAGCAGGAGUCCACCACCAGCACUACAAGCACGACCAGCACGACCUCGGAGGAGGAGACCACCUCCACCGCCUUUGUCAUUGCCGAGGUCACCCCUACAACUACGCCUGAGCCUGAGACCACCACCACCAUCUGCGAGACCCCCACCAUCUCCAGCUCGUUCACCAGCAAGUGGAUCGGUACCAACAGCACCAGCGCCUACACCUCGGCUCACGUCGUGACCUCGACCAAGCUCGUCGACGCCCCUGUGGACACCACCUCGCCCCAGGAGCCCGGCAACACCGAUGAGCCUGGUGCUGCUGCCACCUCUGGUGUCAGCCUUGCCCUGCUCAUCGCUGGCGCUGGUUUCGUCGCUCUCUUCUAAGCACUUCGAACCGCCGAUUCUGACGAGGUUUAUGAAAAGCAAGAGACGCGGUGCGCCAUGACGCCCGCUGCCUCUUGCGAGCGAUUGCACACAAUGGGGGUGAGAUGGUCCCAACUUAGGCUUGUCUGCGUAUGAAAGUUUUGUCCAGACCCACCUCCCAUGUCUCAUAGCUAGGAGUUGGAAAGGAUUUGACGUGAUCUCUCGGAGCGAACUUUUUUCAUGGUGGCCGCCCUGGCGGGAUUGGGUGGCUUUUGUUUUUUGGAUUUGGUACAUAUUUCUUCGCAUUAUACCUCCUACCGCGCGCGCGCGGUAGCUCCUCUUCUUGGUGGGCGCAGAGGCAUAUGGCUCUAGCGUCUCACUUGUUUGUACGUAUUCACCUAAUGGACCUGAUAUACACGACGACUUUGGCGUUGAUAUGCACUACGUGACU